UAUGGAUCCAACACGAGUGGCAGUUGCUAUUUGCCCCGGUCGACUCGGUUGACAGGAGGGAAUCAGUUCUGGGGUUUUGCGCCUUUAUCACCGUUUUUUUGAAUUUUAACAAAGCACCAGAACCAGUCACCUAAUCUUUGAUAUCCGUUACUUAUGAUCAUCUUCAUUCGGAAGUGAUUUAGUAUUUACUAUUUGACAGGUUUUGAUAAAUUGUCUUGUGCUCUUGCUCGUUUUUUGUAUUCACAAUGGACGAGCUGUUCGAUCUGAUCAAAGUGGGUGGUUCCGUGGAUAUUCAGAGGACUGAUGGACGGAUUCACUCAGCUGUUGUAUCAGGAAUCAAUACAACAACCCGCAGUGUUACCGUUGAAUGGUUUGAAAGGGGUGAGACCAAAGGGAAAGAGAUCGAAUUAGAUGCAAUUUUGGCUUUGAAUCCGGAUUUGAUACCAGCUCAACCUACCGAAAAUGUUAGAACUCUGCCUUCAAAAUUGCCCGCGCCGUCUCGUCCGUCAGUUGCUAUUGUGCCGAAUAACAAGGGUGGAUCCAUUUCAACCCGCUCCACAAGGCAAUCACAAGCAGCUCACGUCCUAUUGGCUAACCAAAAUAAUUUGGCCUUCUCACAAAAUGGACCUCAAACAGCUGUAGCCCCUCGUGCAGUUGAAAGUAUGAUGCCUCCUCCUCCUGCUCCUGUUGUAGCUCAGCCAGCUCCUUCUGUAGUUGCUCCCCCUGGCGGCACAGUCACACGCCAGUCGGCUAUGAAUCCUCAAGGUGGAGGAGCAGCUGCUCGUCGGCGAUCAAAUGUCGUGAAAGAAGUGGAACGAUUAGAAAAAAAUCGCGAGGAACGGCGCGCACGACAAGCCGAAAUCAAAGAAGAAAAAAAAGCGCUUAUGAAUAUGGAUCCAGGCAAUGUGAAUUGGGAGUUCCUUUCAAUGAUCAGGGAAUUUCAAGCGACUUUGGAGUUUCGGCCAAUCCGAGAUACGGAUGGAGUUGAGGAUCACCAAAUCACUGUCUGCGUCCGUAAACGGCCACUUAAUAAGAAAGAACUAGCGCGCAAAGAGGUGGAUGUAAUCACUGUACCUUCCAAGGACAGAAUCAUCGUCCAUGAACCUAAAACUAAGGUUGACUUAACCAAAUAUUUGGAAAACCAACACUUUCGGUUUGAUUAUGCUUUCGACGAUACGUGCGACAAUGAGAAAGUGUACAAGUACUCAGCAAAGCCGUUAGUUCAGACCAUUUUUGAAGGUGGAAUGGCCACUUGCUUUGCGUACGGUCAAACGGGCAGUGGUAAAACGCACACAAUGGGCGGUGACUUCCAACAGGGCAAAACUCAAGAUUGUAGUACGGGCAUCUAUGCUAAAACUGCUCGAGAUGUCUUCAAACUGCUCAAAAGCCCCAAAUACCGCUCACAGGAUCUGGUUGUUUCGGCCAGCUUCUUUGAAAUUUAUUCCGGAAAGGUAUUCGAUUUACUGAAUGGCAAAGCAAAGCUGCGUGUCCUGGAAGACGGCAAGCAACAAGUUCAGUUGGUCGGUCUCUGUGAACGUUCCGUUGAUAGUGUGGAGGAAGUACUAAAGUUGAUUCAGCAUGGUAAUGGAGUGAGAACUUCUGGCUCUACAUCUGCCAACGCACACUCUUCUCGUUCGCACGCUGUGUUUCAAGUCAUUCUCCGACCGCGUGCUGCUCCGACUCGUCUUCAUGGAAAAUUCUCUCUGGUCGAUUUAGCUGGUAACGAGCGUGGUGCCGACACUUCUUCCGCCAAUCGCCAAACUCGAAUGGAAGGAGCAGAGAUUAACAAAUCGCUACUGGCUUUAAAAGAGUGCAUCCGAGCUCUUGGUCGCAAAGGUGCGCAUCUACCAUUUCGAGCGUCGAAGCUGACGCAAGUCUUGCGCGAUUCGUUUAUUGGUGAAAAAUCGAAAACUUGCAUGAUCGCCAUGAUUAGUCCUGGUUUGAUGUCAUGCGAACAUUCGCUUAAUACAUUGCGAUACGCAGAUCGUGUCAAGGAACUCGCAGCUGAUCCGUUGGAUUCCGGAGGCAAAGGGUCUCCAACCGCCAUCGAUACAGGUAGCAUUUCUCCUCUAAUCGAAGAAGACGGACAAGACGAUGACCUGGCACAACUUCGAUCGCUGAAUGAAGGAGAACUAUCCGCUGAUCUGUAUACAUUCCAUGAGGCUGUCUCGCAUCUUCAAGAAAUGGAAGAGGACGUCUUAGAUACGCAUAAGCUAGUGCUGGAUCAAAUACCAAAAUGGCAUCAAGCUUGUGCCACUUUGCUGGCCAUGACAAAUGAAGUCGACUAUGAUGUGGAUGCUUACGUUCAGCAAAUGGAAGACAUACUAGCUGAGGCUGGAGAAGGAUUCCUACGUCUGAAAUCUAAAGUAUCUGCGUUUAGAGCCGAACUGCAGGCAGAAGAAGAAAUGUCUCGUAACAUCAAAGAAGCUAAUCCUACGCGUAAUGGGAGAUUGCAGUAGUGAUGUUCACAUAAUGUACCAGUCCAAAACAGCAGCAAAGUGAAAAGCUGACGGAAACUUUUCAGCGCAAGGCAUUCCAUCAUUCGUCGAUAUUAUUGCCCUACGCCCGGUCGCGGCUUUUUCUUUCUCCAAAAAUUGGUUCCCCCCUAUUUAGUUUAAUUAAAUUCAACAUCGGUAUAUGAUUUGCGUGCUUUCAUUAAAGAAAUGUCAAAUGCAUCAGCAUACUACCGUGAACCACUACCAUCUCUGCCUUGUGAUAAGCUAUUUGACCCUCAUUAUCUUCACUUUCGUCCCCUUUAACCUAUAU